CACCGCAAGAAAAUGAGUCAAAGGAUAAGGAAUAGAGCGUGAAAACCAUAUCGAUCAGUAAAAUUCCGACAUUUUCCUUCAGAGAAACUUCUGAAAUUUAUCUGCCGAGUUAAUUGACUCUUGAAUACCUCGAUAAGCCGUUUCAGUUACCGUCGCAAAUUGCUCCGUGAACACUCAAUUUGUUUAGCAAGAGGAGAGGUCAUAAGGAGGAAAAUCGACAUGUCGGCCGCUCUGCCAGGGACGAGAGACCCUCCACAAUCUCAAUAUGACUUGACUACAUACUGGGGCCGGGUGCGCCAUGCUGUCGAUAUAUCAGAUCCUAGCACACUGUUCGUCUCUUCAGCCGGUUUGGAGAAUGCCAAGCAGAUCAUUACCGCCUACAAGACGGGCGAGUUGAAGGACCCAACCCCCGAGUUUUGGGCGGCGAAGAAGAUAGUGGACUCGACACUGCAUCCUGACACGGGACAACCUGUCUUGUUGCCGUUCCGAAUGAGCUGCUUCGUCAUAUCCAAUCUGGUUGUCACGGCGGGCAUGUUGACCCCUGGACUAGGAACUGUUGGAACAAUCGGCUGGCAAAUCACCAACCAAUCCCUCAAUGUCGCCAUCAACUCCUCCAACGCGAAUAAGUCUUCCCCAUUAUCAACCCAGAGCAUCAUCACGUCCUACUUCCUCGCCGUCUCUGCCAGUUGCUCCGUGGCCGUGGGUCUCAACUCUCUCGUCCCUCGCCUCCGCUCUCUCUCAGCUGGCACCCGACUUAUCCUCACCCGCCUUGUUCCCUUCGCCGCCGUCGCCUCUGCCGGUGCCCUCAACGUCUUCCUGAUGCGCUCUAGCGAAUUACGAAAAGGAAUCGACGUCUACCCCUGCCUUUCCCCCGAAGAGAAGAACGCCGGAGUAGUCGCCAGCCCGGUCGGCAAAUCCAAACGCGCGGCCUUCCUAGCCGUGGGCGAGACGGCGCUGAGUCGUGUUUUAAACUCCACCCCGAUCAUGGUUAUUCCGCCGCUGAUCUUGGUACAACUGCAGAAGCAAAAGUGGAUGAAGCGGAGGCCGGGGCUGGCGCUGCCGGUGAACCUGGGGUUGAUCUUAGGGACGAGUCUGGGAGCGCUGCCGUUGGCUCUGGGUGCGUUUCCGCAGAGGCAGCAGAUAUUGGCCGGCAAGUUGGAGAAGGAGAUUUCGGAGAGAAUAGGGAAGGAUACACCGGUGGAGUUCAACCGUGGUAUAUGAUGGGUUUGUUGAUUCAAUCAACGUUUUUCUGGCGGUUCACGGUGGGGUGCUUCUAUCAUGUAGUCUACGAGCAUAGAAUUGUUUCAAAUGGAGCCUAUUUACACCCG